GCAACACAAUUUGAACUCGUGCCUAGUCCAGCUGUGGACAUCGUCGGGUGAGGUAGUGUGCUCUGUGUUCUUUGUGCGAUCUUUGCCUCUAGCCGCGUGUCUGAGAGACGCGUGUGUGUACCGUUAAAUUCGAUACCACUACGCAUUCAUGAAUAAAAUCAUAUUUCCAUUGAACCUUUUUAUAAAUUUAUGAAUAACUGAACGCUCUCAACAGAUGCUGUAGCACACAAAAUAUCAACAGAGAACAAAUUCAUGAUGUCACCGUGCAAAGCAAUUCGCGGUUCGCACAACUCAGAUUCGAAUCUGGAGACCGUACCUCUGCAGUUAGAAGUUGUAACUAAUAAUCGAAUGACGACUAUGGUUAAAGUUUUGCUAUUGUUGGUGUGUUGUGUUACCGGCCUUCUCUUUGCCACAAUAUGGAUUGCUUGUAACAAUUCGAUUAGCAUACGGGAGCUGCAGAAGGAUCGGCUCGCUGCUCUUCAGAGCGUGGAGUCUCUCUUGGCGCGAGUUGACUUGAUGGAAGCCGCCUUGGACCUGGAACAGGUCAUGAGGGACGAACGAGCUGAUCAGCUGGACACGGCAGAGCUUGAUGCUCUCUUCGGUCACGAGGACGAGGAUCAGGACGAGGAUCCAGUGUUGACGCGACGAAAACGGUCUCCGGAGACGCUCCGCCGUCCGUCUCGCUACAUGACCAGACCUGUGCCCAUCUACAACAGGGCGUACGGCGUCGACUUUAAGAAGAACGGCGACGGACUAAAGCUGUACAGCACCCUGCAGUCCAUCCCCGAUGACGCUAACUCGAUCGACGCGCCUCUAGAAAAGCCAGACUCUGAUGAAGUUAGAGUCCUGCGGCCGCCUCCUGCGUCCUUCCUCAAGAGCGGAGACGGUAUCAGGCGCCGACGUGGUCAGCGUCCUCAAGUCAAGAGCCUCAUUCGACAUGAAAAUCCCACUCCCAUCGGUGGGCUUGUGAAAAAUGAUGACGUCCUGUACAGAGAGUCCCUUUACAAGAACACUCCCGGGGACGACGUCUGGGAUGCAGCAGUAGCUAAAGUAAAGCAGAGCACCGCGAGCCCUGCCUACCUGACGCAGGCUGCCUCGAAGCCCGUCUUUGUCUCUCAGCCCCAACGCCGUCUCGUUGGACCGCACAAGCGGCCUCGCAAGAAGAACUCCCAGCGCCGUCGCCACGCUUCGCGCUCCACCGCUGCACACUUCAACGGACGACCUGAUGCUGCUGGAGGAGACGGCGUGUGGGAAGCGGCCGAGUGGAUGGAGGGUCUGGGGCUGACCUCGCGCUACAAGACUGGCGGCGAUCACGUCACUGUCGCCGAGUCUGGCGUUUAUCUUCUUUACGCGCAAGUCAAAUUCGCCAUCAUCAACCGCGCCGCGGGCUUCGACAUUAAAGUGAACAACCGCGCGGAAGCCUCGUGCUCGCACGUCAGCGACGCCUACACUUCUAGCUGCUACACGUCCGUCGUCACCUACUUGCCCAAGAACUCCGUGGUGCGCGUGCAGAGCCACACGCCCGAGUCGCCCAUCCUGCGGCUGCAGGACGGCGAAGAGGCAACGCUCGGUCUCGUCAAGCUGCUCGACGCCCCAGAGUCACAACAUCAGCUCUUCGACGCGUAGAUCAAUUUGUUGAUUCAAUCUAAUUACUGAUUGAUUUCGAACAAUCAAUUACGCAGCUUGUCUUCGAUUAUUAGUUUGUCUAUGCAUCAUUUAUUAUAUUUAUUUGCUUACAUAAAAAAUAUAUUUAUGAACAGUUCUCGGAUGCGUGGAGACAUUCCCUCCAGGCCACACGUUAUACAAUAUCAACACAACUCUCAUUAAACUGGAUCCGGAUAAUCCAAGAAUGAAUUAACGAUUAAAUCUGUCAUAAAUUUGCAUUAUCUUAGACAAAUCUGCCCAUUAUAAAAAUCAAAGCACGAAAUUAUAAAUUUGCGAUUUGAGUCAAAGUAGAGGUCAUUUCAAGCAUAGAUUAGCAUGUAAUCGGUUAUUGUUAAUCCUAUUUCAGUUUUUGUGUUAUGUGCAUUACCCAUUUACAUACUUUUUCCCCCUAACACCAAAUGGUAUUGAAUGAAAGAGUUAGAUUCUAUAUUAAUAUAUAGUGCAUUCGACACGCUAGACGAGCGAUGUCUUAAGCACCCUCACGACACGCUAUCACAAUUAUUAUCUAUGCCUAAAGUUUGAAACCAAGGCGAUAGUUUUUGUAAUUUUAAUAACUGAUUUUUCCUUAGAAAAGAUGCAGGAUCUUACAAGUGUAAGCUAGCUAAUUUCGUGUUGUUCUCGUAUAAUGUUGCUGACCUGUAACUAACUCAUAAUUUGUAAGUCUAGUACUCAGUUAUGAGGAAAUCACUGCGCUAUAGUUCAGAAAUUGUGGUACCUGAAGUUCGAUUUAAGUGUCUCUGCUCGUCCUGCGGCCUUUCUCGUCAACCGUCUCGUAAGCUAUCAAAACUGAAAAUAAUUUUUUAGUUUAUGACCGUGUAUGAGAUUAAAGAGCACAAUAUCGUCAAAUCAUUUAAAGGCUGUUAAAGCCGGACAAAAUAGUUGAGAAAUAUCGUUCUAGAGGAUCAACCUUUUGAUAAUUUUUCGUCUUCAUGUGAUAAGAACGCAACACACUUCAUUAAACGAUAGAAAUUUAGUGUGAAGUAUUGUAUAUGAUAUCUGUUUUAAUGCUAACUUUCACGAAAUAAUAACUUAUUACAUCAACAUAAAUUUACGGUAAUGUUUUAUUUUAAACAAAUUCAUAGAAAAUUCCAUUUGACUAGGUUCACCUCAUUAAAUUUCGAUUCCCAUUAUAAUUACAGCGAACAUUUUUAAUUCUGUACUGGUGUUAGUUUUUUGUAUAGAUAUUUAUAUCAACAUGAAGUCGUUUAAAAACGUA